AUGUCUACUGAAGCCACUAACGGGGCCUCGACUACUGAGAAAGUCCCAGCACCCGACGUCGAAAAGAAAGAAGACGCGCCAGCUUCUGAACCAGAAAAGCAAGUCGGUGACAAACGCGACCUUGGAGAGACUGCCCCCGCUGAAGAAAACGGGACUGUCACCACCGAGGCGCCACCUGAGAAGAAACAAAAGACUGGCCGUGGCAGGAAGAAAGCUGAAGCAGGAAUUGAGAAAGAUGCUGAAGCUACCCAACCUGAUGGGGUGUCUAAAGUCACUGAGGAGGCCAACGGCACCAAGAAGCGCGGACCCGGCCGCCCAAAGAAAGCCGAUGCGAAGAAAUCACAGAAGACUCCCACGCCACGGAGCGGCGAUGGCAUUGGCAGCAGAACUCGAAGCCGGACAAAGGCGUGA